AUGAAUGUUAGACUUGGCCUAAGGCUUACCUUUAUGCUCAAAUUUCUCAUGGGGCGACGCUCAUCAAACAACCCUCCAAAUUUCCACGCCUCCAUUGAACUCACAUCCUUUCGUACUUGUUACUUAGCAAAACCUCUCUGCACCAUUACUGGAUCGACUGAGGUCUCUGAAUCCCCCGACCUUCCAGACUGGAUAAAGUUCUUCGAUACUAAAACCUCUACACAUUUAGAAUCUGAGGACGAUGUCUUUGUUAUUCCUCCAUUGGCGCAUUGGCUCGAAUCUCAAAAACUCGAAGACAACAAUAAAGUUGUUCAAAAGAAAUUGGGUGAGACGUGCAAUAACGAAGUUGACAAAAUAAGUACGAUGCUAGAGAAUCGAUACCCAUCACCGGAAAAUGUUGCAGAAGCUUUGAAUGGAAAGGCUUACAGGGUUUCAAACACUUUGGUUGCACAGCUGCUGAAGAGAUUUCAUAAUGAUUGGAUCCAAGCAUAUGGUAUUUUCAAGUGGGCAAAAGACCAAAUUCCUUAUCGGCAUUCACCUGAAUCUUACAACUCCAUGGUUGAUAUCUUGGGGAAGGCUAAAAACUUUAGACUUAUGUGGGAGUUAGUGGAUGAGAUGAAUCAUUUAGCUGGAUCUGUGAGUUUGGAGACGAUGAGUAAGGUUAUAAGGAGGCUUGCGAGGGCUGGUAGGCAUCAGGAAGCAAUCCAUGCAUUCCGGAAUAUAGAGAAAUAUGGGAUUAGUACAGACACGACAGCCAUGAAUGUGUUGAUGGAUGCAUUAGUCAAGGAGGCCAGCGUUGAAGAUGCCCAUAAUGUGUUUCGAGAAUUGAAGUGUUCAAUACCUUUCAAUUUGGCCUCUUUCAAUGUUCUAAUACACGGGUACUGCAAAGCUAAGAAGCUCGAUGAGGCGUGGAAGAUUAUGGGGGAAGUUGAGAAAAGUGGACUUGAACCUGAUGUGAUCUCCUACACUGCUUUUAUUGAAGCUCAUUGCCGUGAAAAGGACUUCCGGAAUGUGGAUAAAGUCCUGGUGCAAAUGGAGCAUAAGGGAUGCAAGCCUAAUGUAAUAACUUUCACCAUUAUAAUGCAUGCUCUAGGGAAGGCAAAACAGAUUAAUGAAGCUCUAAAAGUAUAUGAGAAGAUGAAGAAAGAGGGUUGUGUGCCUGAUAGUUCAUUCUACAGCUCCCUGAUAUUCAUUCUUGGUAAAGCCGGUAGGCUCACUGAUGUUAAGGAGAUAGUAGAGGAUAUGGAAAAGCAGGGGGUUACUCCAGAUGUGUUGACAUAUAACACAUUGAUAUCUUGUGCUUGUGCGCAUUCACAGGAAGAGACAGCUCUGACAUUGCUACUGAAAAUGGAGGAGGUUUCGUGCAAGCCAGACCUCAAGACUUACCACCCUUUGUUGAAGAUGUUUUGUAGAAAGAAGAGAAUGAAGGUGCUGAAGUUUUUGUUAGAUCACAUGUUCAAGAAUGAUGUAAGUAUUGAAGCUGGGACUUAUGCAAUUCUGGUACGGGGACUGUGCGAGAAUGGGAAACUCCAUCUAGCUUGCUCUUUCUUUGGGGAAAUGCUGUCGAAGGCGAUGGUUCCUAAAGAUUCCACAUUCAAGAUGUUGAAGGAAGAACUUGAAAGGAAAAGUAUGUUAGAAGAAAUGAAAAUCAUAGAGAAUUUGAUGUUCUGUGCAACAAAUCAAGAUACAAGUUAACAAAUGAGACUCUACUAAAGCUACUACAACGUGUGUUCACUCAAGAUUUAUCCCCUUCAGAUAGAUGACAUAGGACUUUGAUUUUUAACAGUGAAAAAAAAAACGAUUCAAUUUCUCCCUGAAAAGUUUUGUUGCAACCCAUUUUUUAUGUUUGUUGCAUUCUCAUAUUUUAUCUCUCACUUUGAAUAGCACGGCAUAUGUGAAUUAUGAAGUCAGUCAUUAUUAAGGUUUCCCUUUGACUUGCAAUUUAAUUAAUCAGUUAGAUACUAUAUGAACAUCCACUUGAUGAGAGAACUA